ACAUCGGAAGGAUAGAGAGAGAAUAGAUGCUCACAAUAUUUAGAUAGAGAAAGGCGUGGGAGGGUUUUCGAAACUGCAAAAAAACCUCCUUUGAGAUAAAUCUUCACUCGCUUGCGGAAUUUCUCAGAAAUUCUUUUUACUGCUGCAACGUGAGCGCGGACGUGAAUUACAGCACCUCUUCGUUAGCGUUUCUCUGGGUUUUCCUGAUAUUUGGAUUUUGUUGUAUCUGUGAUAAAUUUAUUGGGAAGGGAAGGGGCGAAGGGUUGUGUUCGCGAGGAACGUUUCGGGGUAGAUCUGUUCACGGGGAGGAUGAAUGCGAGCAGGGGAGGCGGCGCCGGCAAUGGCGGUGGUGCUCAACCCGUUCCGGCGGGGUCGCGGAAGAUGGUGCAGAGAUUGAAGGAGAUAGUUAAUUGUUCCGAGGCGGAGAUCUACGCUGCUCUUAAGGACUGCAAUAUGGACCCGAACGAGGCCGUUAAUCGUCUUCUUUCUCAAGAUCCUUUCCAUGAGGUGAAGAGUAAAAGAGAAAAGAAAAAAGAGGGUAAAGAUGCCACCGACUCUAGGUCUUGUGGUGCUAGUAACAACUCUACCCGAGGUAGUAAACUUGGUGUCGAUCGAUAUGGUGGCCACGGUGGUUCAACACCAUAUAAUUCCUCUGACUCUGGUCCUCGGCCUGUGAAAUCAUCAUACAAGAAAGAAAAUGAAUCAGCUCCUUACUCAAGUUCUUUAUCUUCCGUGCCGGGUAUGUCAGGAAAUUAUAGAAGCAGAGGAUCCACAGGCCUCAGUAAUGGGUGGUCCUUCGAAAAUGAUGUUUCACUAUCCAGCACAGAUGAUGUUAUGCCAGCAACUAGCAUACAGCCGUCUUCUGGAUUACAAUCUCCCUGGACAGUUGCUCCUGGUCAGGUAUCCAUGGCUGACAUUGUGAAAAGGGGGAGACCACAUGAUAGAACCUCUAGUGCUCCAAAGGCAUCCAAUAGCAAUGUUCUAGCUCCUCGAACAAAUGUGUUACAUGAUAGAUAUCCCGAGGAUCAUACAUCCAAAGAUCCUGAAUCAGUACUUUCUUCAGUCAACCAGGUGCCAAUCCAUGAUGAGUGGCCUAUCAUUGAGAAACCAGCUACAAAAGUGUCUUCUGUAUCAGAGGUGGUGCACUCUGAGAAGCAUCUAGAGCCAUCUGGUAUACCUUCUGAGAGCAUUAACCAACAUUCUGAGGAAGAAGAUGUUGAAGAGUCAGAUGAUGAGAGCAUCGAUAAUUCUGUAGCCAAUGACGUGGGAUUGGGUUCAAUUCCCACGGGGAAGAUUGAAGAGGAUGAUCCAAGAGGCGUAUCUCUUUUUGAGAAUGAUUUGUAUAAAAAUAUUGGUCCCUACGAGAAUCAGCCUCAAGAAGUCAAUGCAGGUGAAGAAACUGGUACAUCAGUGUCAUCAGUCACCAGAAACAUGCAAAGACUUGGUGUAGGAAAAGAGGAUAGGGGACAGUCACAUGAGGGAUGUGUGACUUCUGUGUUAAUUCCAGACCAUUUGCAAGUUCAAAAUGUAGAUUGCUCACACUUGAGUUUUGGUACUUUUGGAUCUAGGGCAAGUGCUACCUAUCCUUCAGGCACAACCGUGUCUAUGCCUGAAAAGCCUAAGUUGGAAGAGCCGCAUGCUGAGGGUGAUGUAUCAUCAGUUGGGCCUCCAGAUUCUAGAAGCACAGAGUAUUAUGCAGAUGAUUCUCUUAGAAAUGUUUCUGACAGUGGUUUGUUCCAUAGAGCUGGUGUGAGUGCUGGGACCUAUGAAACAUCAUCUGUUUCACAGCCUGAAGUGUUGAAGCCUGAGAAUUCUGAAAGAAUCCAUGGAGAUCAAUAUCCUUUUCCUUCUCCCAAUACUGGGUACAGCUUUGAUGAUGCCCAGCAUUUGAACACUGCUUUCAGCCAGACUAGCUCUCAGAUGCAGAACCUUUCUCCUUUUUCUAAUGUUAUGUCAUAUACAAAUUCACUUCCCAGCUCCUUGUCGCCCGCAAAUGCUCACCCCAGCAGAGAAUCUGAACUUCAUCAGUACUCCCCAUUUCCACUUUCACAAUCAUUAUCCGCCAAGUAUGGAAUUUCUUCCAUUGGUGCUUCAUCAGUUUCUCUAUCUGAGGCUUUGAAGACUGCUAGUUUCACAUCGACACCAGCUGCUCCACCUACCCUCUCCGGAAGCAACGCUGCCAGUGGACCUCCUCUUCCUCAACAACACCUGACAAUGCACCCAUACAACCAGCCUACUCUUCCGUUGGGACCAUUUGCUAACAUGAUUGGCUACCCUUUCCUACCGCAGAGCUACACAUACAUGCCCUCUGCUUUUCAGCAAACAUUUGCAGGGAACAACACAUACCAUCAGUCAUUAGCUGCAGUACUCCCCCAAUAUAAAAACAGUCUUUCUGCUGGCAAUAUGCCUCAGUCUGCUGCCAUUGCUUCUGGAUAUGGUGCCCUCGGAAGCAAUACAGCAAUUCCUGGAAACUUUCCCAUCAAUGCACCUGCUGCCCCAUCGGCCACUGGUUUAAGUUACGAUGAGGUACUGAGUACGCAGUACAAGGAUGCCAGUCAUCUGGUCUCACUCCAGCAGAAUGAUAAUUCAGCAAUGUGGCUUCACGGACUGAAUUCCAGAACAAUGUCGGGCGUCCCUGCCAACUCAUACUACAACAAUUAUGGCGCACAGCAGAAUCAGCAGAGCAGUGGAUUCAGGCAGGGGCAACAGCCAUCACAGAACCAGGGGCUGUUAGGUUAUCCGAACAUGUACCAUUCCCAGGCCAGCUUAUCGCUCGAGCAGCAGCUGAACCCGAGAGACGGAUCACUUGGCAUGGGUGGCCCUCAGGGGCAGCCCAGACAGUCCCAAAUCUGGCAGAACAGCUACUGAUCUGAUCUGAUCAUCCUCACUUGGGUUCUUGGGGCUUGUAAUGAGCGUGGCCUUUCAAAAUCCCAUUCCAUUCCUGCAUUGCAAACAUGUUUUCAAAUGAUGGAUGUGAUAGCUCAUUGCCCUAUUGUGCCUCCAGGCUUGUGCAUCUCUUCUUACCUACCUUUAACAAGGCUGCUAAUUUUGUGUUAAUGAACGGACACCUCUUUUCUCAUUUUAUCUUUAUGCCUUCCA